AUGCGCCUGGAGCAAAUCUAUGUCCGGCACUAUCCGCCGGGGCUGCGUUUGUCGUCGCGGCAGUCCAACGGGUCGCGCCACCACAAGAGCAUUGACCUCGUGAGCCUUGGCCCUGAGACGAACCUCCGGCUGCUGGUGAAUCAACUCAUUGAAAAGGAGGCGCUUCUGACGAAAGCGCACACCCAUCGGCUUUACGACAUCCUCCAUGGUCUCAUCGACAAGCAAUGCAUCGCCCACGACACGGAGUAUACCCUCGUGAAAACCAUCAAGGCUCACAUGCAGCCCUUGACAAACAUCUCGAUCUCCAAGCAGGCCAACCUUGUCGCCACCUCCAGCUACGACAAAACAGCCAAGCUGUUGCGGUGGAAAGGCGGCCAAGACGACAAGGUCGUGCUCCGGGGUCACGAAGGCGUCGUAUACUGCGUCGCGCUCAACACUCCGUACAGCUCGCACGCCGUGACUGGGUCAUUUGACAAGACAUGUCGAGUCUGGGAUACCACCACUGGCACAUGCAAGCAAGUGUUGGCAGGACACGAAGGCGAAGUGGUGGCGGUGGGGUUUAAUUCGCCAGGGACGAAAGUCGGAAGUUGCUCGAUGGAUUGCACAGCAACAGUGUGGGACGUCGCGACGGGCAAAGCCGAGUUUGACCUGACUGGCCAUGCCGCCGAAGUGUCGUGCUUUGCCUUUGACCAAUCGAAGUCAUCUUCAUUUAUGGCCACAGGCUCAUGUGACUCGACUGUGCGAUUGUGGGACGCUCGGUACGGCGAGUGCUUUCGUUCGCUGCAUGCACAUGCGGCGGACGUCAGCACCGUAUCGUUCAACCACCAGAGCAACCUCCUUCUCACCACCUCGACCGACGGCACGGCCAAAGUCUGGGAUGUGCAGUCUGGCAAAUCCCUCUUCAUCCUCAACGACCACUCUGGGGAAGUCACAGGCGCGUGCUUCAACUCGACAGGGUCCCUCAUGGCGACGGCUGGCAUCGACGGCCACAUCUACGUCUACGACACAUUGACUGCGCAACGGCGAAGUCACUGCAGUGGGCACUCGGGCGAGGGCGGUCGCAUUGUGAGCGCCGGCGCGGACCACACGUCCCGCGUGUGGCAAGCGCAGACUGGAGAGUGCCUGCAGGUGCUUCGUGGGCACGACGACGAGGUGUUUGCGGCGCAUUUUUCAUACGACGGCGCGGCGGUCGUGACCGCGUCCAAGGACAACGCUGUGCGCGUUUUCACGGACAAUUCGUGACGUUGGCAGGGACAAUCUUGUCGAGACUUUCCAUGUCAAAACAUAUCGAAUGCAUGACACGAGAAGAAGAUGAAGGAAGGAUGGUGGUGAUGCCUAAUAGAUAUAAACGCGCGCUCGUUUAGCAACAUCCGCCUUUGCCACCGUUGCUAGCUUUCGUCGGGUCGUUGCCCUUUUUGCCCAAGUUGACAACCAGGUCGCUCUUUUUGUGGGGGCCGCCUUCUUCCAUCAACCGCGUCUUCACUUCGUUCGCAAUCUCGAUAAACCCACCCUCAACGUUGAUGUUGUUUUUUGCACUCGUC